AUGCCCAGAGAACAUCCAUGCACCGAGCCUGGGUGCGGAAAGAAGUUUCUUCGCGCAGAGCAUCUGGCCAGACACAGGCUAAACCACAGCCCAAAACAGAUCUUCCAAUGCACGUCAUGUCCAAAACGCUUCGUCCGCAAGGACCUGCUGAGAAGACAUGAAGAGCGCCAUGCAAAGGGGAUGUGGUUCCGAAAUUCUGGUGGCUUUGUGGCUGCAGAUUCUAGCUCGUCAUUUGACUCCCAGUCUCAGCCCAUGGAAUCGACUGCCAUGUUCACUGAGCCUGAGCAGGAGGACGCUGUUCAAAUGACUGGAUCAGAUAUGUCUCCCGUGAAGAUGACCGCUUAUCAGACCACUGGAGAGACGCAGAAUCACCAAAUGGCUGCCGUAGAGGCAGCCCAGCUAGAAAGGGAAAAUGCUCCUAUCGAUUUUAGUCACAGUAUCCCACCCAUGGAACCAAUUGAUUUCCGCAAUCCUGGCAUAUCUGAUCACCCCGAUCCUCACAAUAUGAACGUUUCGACUCCUCAAUUUGGCGAAGAUCAGGUUACUUCUCUUUUCUUGGAUCCCUCGAUCAACUUUCCCGAUCCGCCCUUAGAUUUUGAAUGGUUGUUUGACAAUCUCUCCGCCGACCUAAACUCUACAGGAGGUAGUGCUGGCAUGCCAUCAGGCACGUCACCACAUAGCAAUGCUUCGUUGACAGAUACAUCACCACCAGCUCUCCCAGUGCCGUCUCCAGCUCAUAUUCGCCAUCCUUCAUCCACCCAGUCCUCGGCAUCUUCUCCAUGGACCGAGGCGUCGCCUCUGCUUGUAGCGGCUAUAGUCACGUUGGGGUCGACACUUUCAGGGGACGCAGUACAUUAUGAUGCUGCUAACAAGAUACAUGAUUCAUUGCGAUACCUCAUAUUUGGCACCCCUGACUUCGAUCCUCCCGCAUCACUAUGGUGUGUCCAAACACUUUUGAUCAUACAAGCACAUGAGAAAAUGUUUUCCACGAGAAAACAUCACCAACUAGCACACAUCUUUCACGGCGCUAUCAUUACACUGAUGAAACGCGGAGUUGCGUAUCAGAAUACAACAAUACCAACUCCUGGUACGACUGCGGUAGAGCAAUCGUGGCAUCAGUGGAUUGAAAUGCAGGGUUCAAAUCGAACCGCAUUUUUUGGUUUUGUCAUGGACGCCCAGCAUAGCUUCAUGUUCGGGCAUACCUGCGUUCUUUCUGUGCAUGAUGUGCGUCUGCCACUGCCAUGUGCUGAUAUUCUGUGGGAAUGUAGCAAAGCUGAAGAUUGGGACCGAAUGAUGCGUAAGACCCCAGAGUCACCUGGAUUUUUGCCAGUCUUGAAGCGGCUAUUAGCACGAACUCCGAUACCACCGCAUUGUAGUCCAUAUUCUCGAUUUAUUUUGCUGCACGGUUUGUUCAGCGUGACGGCUCACCUGAAAGCGAGAGACUCGGCUACACUUGGCGUGGGUCGUAUAUCGACAGUCCAUUCUCCGCGUUUAGAUGCAAUCGAUACGUGGAAAGAGACAUUAGAGCGAGCGAUGGAUACGUGGUCGUUCUCACUUGUGUCGCGGAGCUCAUCCCUUGCCCUAGAGGCAUCCCGACCACUACAUCGCAUGGCCUACGUAGCCAUCUACACUGACAUUAACGACAUACAUAUCCUAGCAGGUGCGCCAUCUCUACUGGGCAGCUUGCUUUCAACCAACGACCGACUCAGAGCAACAGCGCGAGUGCGAGCAUGGAGCGAAAGACAGGAAUCAAAAAAGGCUCUCUAUCACUGUCUUUUGUUGAUACAAGAGAGCAUAUUUACGGGACAGGUCUAUCGGGCAACCAAGGACAACAUCGCACUUCGACCAUGGUCGAUAUACCAUGCCUCGUUGAUCUUGUGGGCAUAUGGUGCAAUGUCGCGCGAAAGAAACCAAACUCAGCAGACCCACCAAGACCGGGAGAAACGGAUAUCAUGCAGUGCCGAGGAGUACCUCGUGCGCAUGCUAAUGCUGUUAAGGCACGACUCCGCAGAGAUUGAUAUUGUCGCCCAAGAGACCUCUGAGCUACUGCAGGCAGUGAGAGAGUCUCUUGAGGGUUGUCGGUGGGAAUUGCUUCAAGAGGCGUAUGAUACAUUAGGAAGAUUGGUGAGUAAUGAGCCGAGCUGA